AUAAUAAUCAUUGUAUUCAUUGGGAUGAUAAAUGUAAAAAUUAGAAACCAUGGAUGAAGACGAAUCCACAUCGUUUCAUGAAUUGCCAAUCAAUGACAGAGUAUCCAAUUUGCAAUAAAUUUAAACUUGGUUUCAGAAUCAGAAAUUAGCCAUUACGAAUACUGAGUUGUUCACUACUUAAAUCUUUGAUGAUCUGAAGAAAUACUGUGAAUAAUCAAACGAAAUCUUGCAAGUGUCCUCUGAAUUUCAGGAGACCAAAGAGUUAAUAAAUUCUUUUUAUAGCAAAGCACAGAGAAUUUGUUUGAAAAUAAAGAAAAAGACAGAACCUCGUUCUUAAUUGUAGGAGAGGAUCAGAUAUUACAAGGUUAAGGAGGACGAGGAGGUUGAAAAGAAUAGAGAAAUACUAAUAGAAGUAAAGAAGAAAUUGCUCUGCAUAAUAAGAAUCUCCAAAGGGAUUCCAUUUAUUAUAAACUUCAUAAAGAGUUAAAAUGUAAGGGAUAAGCAAUACAAACUGACUUUGAUGGUUGAGGAUGCUUUAUUGGAUGGUGUCAAUUGGUACCUCAUGUUGAAUGAUAUCAAAGAGUCUCAAUGGAAUAAGGAGUUGCCUUAAGAAUGUAAACUGAAGGAGAUUCUCCAGUAAUUAUUGACAAUCAUUUGGCAACAGAGACAGGAGUUAAAGAACGAAUUAAAUGAAAUAUUUUUUAGAUUGAAGAAGACUCAACUAAUAAAAUUGCUGGAUAAGUAAGGAGAGAAAUUUGAGAAGAAUGACAAAUUCACUUAACAGUCAACUAAAAUCUUAUAGAAAUUGCAAGAGUUUUGUAAUGGCCUUGAAAACAUCAAACUAUCUGCGAAUAAGGCAAAUGGAUUGUAUUAUCUAUAAAGGAUCCUGCUCUCAUAUUGUUGGGUGAAACAAAUUGAACUAUCAGAGAUGUUGUAUCAUACAAAAAUAACAGGUAGAUUGGAUAAAUUGAAGUAAGAUAAGGAUCACAGCAAUGUCAUUAGAUUAAGAUAGAAGAUUACAUUCUUAAGAUUCGUUUAUCGAAUUCCAGCUGUAAAGUAGUGGUGCGAGUAAAAUCAGAUUAUCCCUUUUGAAAUGCAAUCCAAUAUACCUCAAUACCUUUAGGAACAAUAUGAUUAAUUCAUGAGUGACAAGAAAGAAAGACUCUUUUCAGAUACAAAGGAAGAUUACUUCAUAGAAUCUCAAUUGAAAUUCCUAGCCAAUAAUUUUCAAGUUUACAAGAACAAGAUCAGGAUUAUAUUCAAUGAUUUAAGGUUCAUAUAAAAUAAAUAAGAAAUCUAUGAAUUGUAUCAAGAGUAUGUAAAUAAAUAUGAUGGGGACAUAGAUAAGGUUUAGAAUCUGCAGUUCUAAAAAUAGUAAAAGGACAUCAUAAUAGCCUGUUGUAUAAGACAUUUGGAAAUCAAACUGCAGAAUGAAGACUUCACUAAAGCAGUAAUCCCCCUAGUGAAAUUCGACUUUUUAUUGAAGAAGGAGAAACACUUUUAGUUUUAGUAGACUUCGUAUGAUAAGUCCCAAUACUCCUUUUUAGCAAAGCCUUCACUAGUUAAGAUAUUUCUGAUUGAUAUUUUGGCUUAGGAGCAGCCAUUUCCGUAUAUAUUUGAAUUCAUCUAUUAUGAAGAUGGGAAAUUGCAGUAAUUUAUGAAGAGCACUACUCUGUAAGGAUAGUUCUUCUAUUGUCCUCAGAUAAGAGAGCACUUGUCAAAGAGAUACCAAUUUAACAUAAAAUUAAUAGAAAAUGAAAACAAGGUGACGUUCACUUAUCUGCCCACUAUUCAUUACGAUUAUGUGAAACCGGCAGCAACAGUUUUAUGGGAAGACAUUUUGUUAUAGGAUCUGAAACUUAUCUCAUUGCAUAGAAAUCAAUUGGUGGAUGAGAUCAAUUUCAUGGUUCGCAGUAAUAAAUUUUAGACAAUAAAACAACAGAUUCAGCAAGACGCGAAGUACUUUAGUGAUCAUCUGAGAAUAAUGAAUGAGUUGGAAGUAUUUAAUAGUUUGCAGACCAACGGCAAAAAGUUGAGGUGUAUAUGA